GCUACACAGUGUCCAGCACAGUGUAAUCAGCAGAAGUAGCUGUAAUCAGAUGAUAAUGACCUCUUUUUCCUCCUCCUCCUCCUCCCCCUCCACAUGCAGAGAGCAACAGGUCUAAUCCUGUCUGUGCACGGCUGCCUGUGGAUAACAAGGGCCUGAAACUCGGACUCUGUAUCAUUUUAUUUGAUGCAUUGUUUCUAAAUUUCUGUAAAGUAGAGCAAUGAUAUUUCGGACAGCAGUAGAGCAUGCUAAGAAGCACCCUGGCCUCAUCCCCCAGUUCUUCUUCAUCUGUUUGGGAAUGGGCGGUGCAUCGAUGUAUCUGAUCCGGUUGGCCAAAGGACCCCAUGUCACCUGGAACAAGACCAAUAACCCUGAGCCAUGGAAUAAACUUGACCCCACAUACCAGUACAAGUUUGUGGCCAUUACAACCGACUACAAAAACUUGAAGAAAGAUGGACCUGAGUUUUGAUUCUCUCACUGGCCUCUUCCUCUUUUAAACUAGAAUGGAAAAAAACGGAACAUCCUGAUCUAGUGUCAGAUUAACUACCCCUUGGCGUCUCACUGGUAAAUGUCAGGAAUUGUCAGUAAAAUAUCCUAAAGGACAUUGAAUAUGUAGUAUUUCUACAUAAUUACAGUCAUGCACACACUCCAUACUGCACCAGACAAGUGGUAUAGGAUUUCUUAGCCAAUUUAAUGCAAUUAAGGGAUACGGUACAUAACAGAUAACUGUUUUGUUAACCAUUAGAAAUGUCAGUUGAUUAUUUUGAAUGUUUCAGGCAUCUAUCGGUUUCCAAUCACCUCUGUAAGAUAUGAAAAUUAAUUAUCUAUCUCCUAAAAGUGGAUUAUGCAAAUAAGCUUCAAAGGUCUGCUAAUGUUUGGAGAUGGCACAGAAAAAAUUGAGACAAACAGCUGCCUGGAACAGAGGGGGAAAUACAUCUGAAAAAUGCAUGCAUUCAAAUGCAUGUGUUUUUUUCCUAGCUGGCAGAAUUGUUGGUUUAGCAGCCACUAAAUUCAACAAUUACUGUCGAAGUUAUGAUACAAAAAAGGCAAAGAUGCAUAAACUGGACUGGAUUCUCUUAAUAAACAAACUGUCAGUUUCA